UGUGAUAGAUAGAUAGAUAGAUAGAUAGAUAGAUAGAUAGAUAGAUAGAUAGAUAGAUAGAUAGAUAGAUAGAUAGAUAGAUAGCUAGAUAGAUAGAUAGAUAGAUAGAUAGUGUCAAACAGUUCAGUGAAAUGUUUUUCCACUGAUCUCUAGCGAUGAAUGAGAGCGUUGUUACCGAAAGAAAGUUGUAGUCUAAGUGUCUUGUCACACCUACCUGUGCAACUGGAUUUUGUAAACAAAGGCCAACAAAACAGAAGUUUCCCUUGCAUUUUCCCCCCGACUGUACUGUGAUAGAUGACCUUCCAUUUUUCACUUACACUAUAGCCAAAGAACAGAAUACAUACUGUACAUUACUGGUGAAACUGUAUGCGAGAGCGCGUUGUGUCUUGCUGCCUUUCUCUCUGCCCAGGCGACGGCAUCCCCCUCAGGAAAAGUGUGGCGGCCCAUCAACAUGAACCACUAUGCCACCAAGAAGAGUGCGGCUCAGAGCAUGCUCGACGUGGCCUUAUUGAUGGCCAACUCGUCCCAGUUGAAGACCGUUCUCUACGUGGGGCCUCAAUAUCAUUUCUACAUCCCCCUCAUUGUCUUACUGUCUCUUUCCAUCACGCUGCAAGUCAUCGUGGGUCUACUGCUCGUUUUUAUAGUGAAGUACGAUUUGAAUGAUGUGCGUAAACAAGCCAAGUUGAACAGGAUGAACAAUGUGGCAACUGUCUUGGUCUUCUUCACGGUCCUCAUCAACAUCUUCAUCACGGCGCUGGGCUUCGAGGGACACGCGCUCAGGCCACCGCAACAUGGCAUCACGUUAGAAGCAGCACCUCAGAUGUCCCAUCAGCCUUCUGAGCGCAACGCGACCGGCCUUUGAACCAGCACUUUAACCUGUCAUCAAAUGCAAAGUUUGAUUGUUAGAAGUCAUUUUUAUUAUGUAGAUAGCAUUGUUUUACCGCUCUUCAAAAUGCUGCAUCAUUCAUAAUUUUGUAUAAAAACACUGUCUAUGAUUGGGUUCAUCUGAAAUGAAAUUCUCUUACAGUA